UGGCUCGGCCUCCUGUGGCCAAUCCUCUACAUAACCAUCCUAGUCGGCUCCCUCUCGACCUUCUCCUCCCUCUACCGCAAACGCAAAACCGCCAAAGCCGCACGCCUAGAAUCCUGGUUCCCACCGCACCGCCAACGCGACAUAUACUUAAGCCUGCUGCAUUUAGAACCUCCCGAAGAAGAAAAACCGGGCGAGGAGAAGAAGAAGACGUUGAGUCGGGUUCCGGACAAUGUGUUGAAAGCGGCGCUUCUGAAACGAGCGGUGGAGGAUAUUCAGAGGAUUGUGCAACUCCGGAGUUCGAAGGCGGCACUGCAGACGCUGAUGCAGAGGGGGAGUAUCGGGGAGGAUUUGUGGCAGAGGUUUUUGAGGGCGGAGAGGGAGAUGGAGGAGGAGGUGAAGGAUGUGGUGAAUGAGGCUAAUGCUUUCGCCCCUCAAUGGGGCCAAGUCAUCUUCCAAUCCGCGAACGAAAUCAAUCAGAAUCGAUUGAUGAAGGAACGGAUUGCGGAAUUGCAGGCUACGACGGAAGCGGAGAAGGCGUGGUGGGAUGAGAAGAGAUCUAAGACUUCGGCGAGCUUUUUGAAGGAACUUGAUGAGGCUGCUGCACAGAAGGUUGGUGCUGGUGCUGCGAAAGGGAAACACGGUAGUAGUGAUGAGGAUACUGUACUUGUAGAAUCCGGAGGACCGGGAAGUACACAAGGG